AUGUCAACUCCAGAGCCUGUGUCCGAUGCGAGCGAACGCACCCCUCUCCUCUCCCCCAGCUCAGAUGAGACGGCGGAUGAUGGUGUCAUUUCGCCGCCUACUGAUAGUCUGAGAAGAGUCGCAGAUUCACUUCCACUCUCGGUUUGGCUCGUUGCGACUAUCGAGAUGUGUGAAAGAUUUGCUUUCUUUGGGACUAUGGGGCCUAUGCAGAAUUACAUCCAGAAUCCUAGGGAUGACCCGCUGCGUCCUGGUGGGAUUGGCCUGGGACAAGCGUAUGCCACGAUGGUGAACCAGGGCUUCUUGCUGUGGUGUUACAUAACCCCAGUAUUGGGCGCAGUUGUUGCGGAACAGUAUUUUGGGAGAGUAAAGACUAUUAUCUAUUCUUCAACGAUUUACAUCUGUGGCUUGACGAUGCUCUUCAUGUCCUCGUUGCCAAUUGCACAGGAUCUAGGCGUGUCAUUAGCUGGACUACUUUCAGCCCUGUUCUUUAUUGGCAUCGGUGCCGGCGGCAUUAAGGCGAAUGUCAGUUCGUUGAUCGCAGAGCAAUACGCCGGGCCCAACGAAGCCAAACGCGUCUUAAACUCUGGAGAAGAGGUUAUCGUGGACAGGGCUCUAACAAUCGAAAGGAUAUUCUCAACCUUCUACCUAUUCAUCAGCAUAGGCUCCUUCGGCCCCUUACUCACAACAACAAUCGAACAAAAACACGGCUUCAGCGCCGCAUUUGCUCUCCCAAUCCUAGUCUUCCUCCUCGGCUUCAUCGUCAUCCUAUCCAGCAAAAACCAAUACAUCACCCGACCCCCAGAAAGCUCCAUCGUCUUCAACGCCUGCCAUGCAUUCUGGAUCGCACUCAAACACAAAGGAAACCUCGACUACGCAAGACCCAGCUACCUCGCAGAAGCAGCAUCAGCGUCAGGGUCAAGGUCAGAGUUAGAACCCGAAUCCAACCUCCCCUGGCCCGACACCUUCAUCGACGACCUCAAAACCGCUCUAUCUUCCUGCAAAAUCUUCCUCUACCCAAUCUACUGGGCCGCCUACACCCAAUUCGUAACCAACUUCGUCUCCCAAGCCGCAACGAUGAAAACCCACGGUAUCCCCAACGACAUCAUGCCCAACAUCGACACCUUCAGCGUCCUCCUCCUCCUCCCACUCAUCGACAGGGUCAUCUUCCCCUUUCUACGAAGACACGGCCUCCCAGUCCGCCACAUAGACAGAAUCACCCUCGGCUUCAUCCUAAUCGGCACAUCCAUGCUCUACGCCACCUUCGUACAAAGAGCCAUCUACGCCUCUCCACCUUGCUACAACCACCCCCGAGCCCCCGAUUGUCUAGGCGGGAAAGUCCCGAACCAGAUUUCCAUUUUCGUCCAAGCCCCAGCGUAUAUACUCGUUGCCGGGUCGGAGAUUCUGGCCUCUGUGGCGGGGAUCGAGUAUGCUUAUACGAAGGCGCCGGUGUCUAUGAAGUCGUUGGUUAUGGCGGGUUAUCUUUCGGCUACUUCGGUGGGCGCGUUGUUGGCUAUGACGGUUUCGCCGUUGACGGUGGAUCCGUUGUUGCCGUGGUUGUAUGUUACUCUUGGGUUGGAGAAUUUUUUGGCGGGGGGUGUGCUUUGGUUUGUUUUUGUAGGCUAUGACGAGAUCAAGAAUGAACACAAAAACGUAGAAGAUGACUCGUCUAGACAUGCAAUAUCUAGUCUUAACCAUGACGCCAAUUUUCAGACACUUUAA